AUGCACUUCUUUCGCUACAUUGCCCUGGGGUUUAUGAGCGCCAUUGGCGUUCGAGGGGAUGAGGUUACAAAAACAGUCAAUGCAACAGAGAUGCAAAAUGCUGCAGACACCCUUCUGUCGAUGUUCCCAAGCGCCACUCCAUAUACAGCAAACUUCACAGCCCCAGGCGGAAACCUUCUACAGCCACCAUCAUCCCUCAUGAAGGACAUUUUCACCGCUGUACCUCCUACAGUCCUCGCUCAGCUCAUGCUCCCCACCGGCCGCAGCGCAAUUGCGUCCGAGUUCCAGGCUGGCAACACCCCGAGUUGGUAUCAGAGCCUACCCACAGAAGUCAAGAGCUACGUCCUUGCCAUGAAGUCCCAGGUCGGAGCAGGAAACGUCGAUCUGAACGCCACUCGUACCCCAGCGCCUACUUCGUCAUCGUCUGCAAGUGGAGGCGACUCCGACGGCGAAAAGGAUGGCGACAGUCCUUCUACGGAAACAUCAUCCGGAUUUGCUGCACACGCCACUGGCGACGUUGCUGCUAGUCUGGCGGGCGCCCUCGGUCUGCUUGGGUUGGCAGUAGUGCUGUAG